CUAUUUUGUCCCACUGUUUUUUUACCAACAAUUAAUAUAAAAAUAAAAAACCCUCACCAGCCCCCAGUACAUAAAAACUCACAUGGCUUUAGUACGAGAAAAGGGAAACUAGAGAGAGUGGUGUGUUUUGAAAGAGAAGCAGAGUUUGUCUUAGAUUCAUCACCUUUUCUAUUAUUAUUAUGGCUUCAAGAUUGUUAUGGGCUUCAAGGGCUGCUUCUUACCUCAGGAUCUCUGUUUCUCAUAGAGGGUUUGCUUCUGUUAUAAAGGACUUGAAGUAUGCUGAAAGUCAUGAAUGGGUGAAGGUUGAUGGUAAUACUGCUACUGUUGGUAUAACGGAUCAUGCUCAGGAUCAUUUAGGUGAUGUAGUGUAUGUUGAAUUACCAGAAGUGGGUGCUGCUGUAAAUCAGGGUUCUGGAUUUGGUGCAGUUGAAAGUGUCAAGGCUACCAGUGAUGUUUAUUCUCCUGUUUCGGGAAAUGUGGUUGAAGUUAAUGAAGAACUGAGCAGCUCUCCUGGUUUGGUCAAUUCAAGCCCCUACGAAAAGGGAUGGAUUAUGAAGGUUGAAAUUAAAGAUGCCAGUGAACUAGAGACCUUGAAGAACUCAGAUGACUAUGCUAAGUUCUGUGAAGAAGAAGAUGCAAAGCAUUGAGUCGACUGUUGCCGAAGUAGAACUGGAGGCACUUCUUACAAUGGAUAUUUCCUCUUAUUGCUUAACCGGAUGAUGCCUCAUGAAGGAGCUAAAAGUUGCACAUUUCUAUCUUGAGAUAUUCUUUUUCCAACGUGUUUUCUGAUUUUUCUUUUUUCGUGAGUGACAAAAUUGGUAGAAACUACUCCUCAAUAGCACAAAUAAUCACUCCAGGUUUUCGUCCAUGACGUGGCCUGUUAGGUAGUUGGAAACUUUUCUGAUUAAGUUUUGAAUUAUUUGAUAAAUCCUGCUUGCUUAAAAGUUCCGCAGUUAAAAUUUUCGCAA